GAGGAGCAUAGCAAAGGGCUGACAGCUUUGAGUGAAAAACAUGACCGGCUGGAGAAGAUGCUUGGUGCUUCCGUCCACAAGCAUGCACAGGAAGAAGCGGCGCGACUGCAAGUUGAGGAGUUGCUCAGGCGUGAGACGCAGGAGCGGCUCAAGCACCAUGAGACACAGUCUGAACUCGUGGAUUCUUUGCAAAGAACGGUUGCAAUUUUCGAUGCACUGAUCCGAAAGGACAUGGAAGAGCGGAAAUUGGAGAUGAAACACAUCUGGGCCCCACGCUUGGAUUUUUUUUUGGCUGUCGGCCAGAAGUCAGAGAAGGAGGCCAUUGAUGGACAUACGCACGACCUCAGUUCCAAAGUCAAGGCAAUAGGCUCUGACACCGAGGAUCUGGAGGGCGAGACUCGGUUGAGGCCACGCGUUGUCGCACGCUCUUCACCUUCUUUGCCUGGCGUGGUCAGCCCUUCUGUGAGGUCCGGAGCAGGAGGAGGGAACUCACCCAACGUUGUUACCUACCGCCCGGCAGCGGUUCUCCCUGCCUCACAGGCCAGGAUUGUGUAUCCAAGCACAGUGAGACAGGCACCACCAGCACCCAUUGCCUUGCUCAGCACCAGAUCUGAGUUGAUAGCAGCACCAGGUCGCAGCUUGUCACCUUCUCGCCGAAUAGACCACAGCGAAGUGGUCUGUGGCAAAGCGCGAUACCAGGGAGAGCGAGCACACAAUGCAGAGAUCUUCAUGACGCCAUGACGGUGCCGUGUUAAAUGAAUCCAAGCAAAUGCCAGAUAGAAUACCCUCUGGUUAUUUAACAUAGCC